AUGACCAAGGUUCAGGAUUUCGAAUUCCUGACAAAGCAAAGCUCGAACAAUUUGGCUGACAUACCAGACAACGAAGACCUGAUCGUCAAAUAUCUUGUGCUGCGUUACGUUCAAGGGAAAGUCUACACUUGGGUAGGACCGGUACUAUUGGCGUUGAAUCCUCGUCAGCCCAAUUCAGAUCUGUACGAUCGCACUCGUCAGGAUCAUUUUACAAAAUCUUUGAACAAUUCACAGCAAGAGCUGCUAGAACCGCAUGUAUUUGCGGUGGCAGCACAAGCUCGUUACAGACUUGCUUGUGGUCUGGGCAAAGUGCAUCAAGUGAUCGUAAUUAGCGGAGACAGUGGAUCAGGAAAAACUUUUUCAGCAUGCAAAAUUUUGAAUUUUCUGGCAGCAACUGAUCAAAGCAACCGCGAUCAGACCGAAUCAACCCUCUCACAAAUUGGCAAAGCCUGCUCGGUUGUAUCCUCAUUCAGCACUGCUAGCACCGAACGAAAUAAACACAGCUCUAGGCACGGACAACUCGUCCAGUUACAGUAUGUGAACGGAACCAUACAAGGGGCUGUGAUCAACUCCUUUCUUCUUGAACAAAGCAGAGUCACUGGAGUCUGUAAUAACUUUCACAUUUUUGGUCAGAUGUUGGCUGGUUUAGCCGAUUCUCAUUUGGGUACUUUGAAAUUGUCUAGAACCACACUUUACAAGAUUAUCACCAACGACAGUCACACUAUUUUGAAUGAGGACUAUGUCAAAGGGUUUCAGGAGACUGUCGAAGCAAUGGAUUACCUCAGGAUUGGAGAGAGCCAAAGGCAUGAUAUUUUCAAAGUUAUCGCGCUCCUCCUCCAUCUACGAAACAUACAAUUCCAAGAACGACUCACAGUUGGUUGUGAUGUCGAUGUGCAGAAGAAAGAAUCAUCAAAUGCUCUUGAAGGCGCCUGCCACUUGCUUGGACUGCCGAUUCCUGAUCUGAUCAAACUACUGACUACAAGUAUGAUCACACCUCGGAGCAGGCUACAAAGACGAUCAACAUAUUACUGCACCAUAACUAGCGUGGAGGGGUGUAACACCAGAUUACACAGUAUAAUCAGAUAUUUGUAUUACCGACUGUUUUAUUGGCUGAUAGAUCGUUUGAAUGAGAUAUUAACAUCUCUGAAGCAGAAGCCAAAGUUACUAGGUGUACUAGAUAUUUUUGGAUUCGAAUUCUUCUCUGUGAAUAGCAUCGAACAAUUGAGUAUUAAUUAUGCGAAUGAAAGAAUGCAGCUACAUUUUGUCGAGAAAUAUUUAGAAGCCAGUAGGUCAGAGCUGGCGAGUGAAGGACUGAGUUUAUCUCCACCUCUAUCCACAGCCACAAACCAUCGGGAACGUCUCGCUGCAAUUGAGAAUUGCUUGUUUCCAGUGUUGGACGAUGCUUGUUUGAUCGCCAGAACACAAAAGCAUUCCAGUUUUGAUCAGCUUGUGCUUCCAACUAGUAACGCCAGCACAAAUUUCAUACAUGAAAAAGGUGAAACUUUUGCAAUCCGCCACUAUUCACGUAUUGUAGAAUACAGCACAGUUGACGUACUUCGUAAAAAUACAGACAAGGUCCCUGCCGAGCUGGUAUCGACAUUCAGCCUUUGUCAGAAUAAAUUUAUUCUGAUCUUACUAAACAAAGAAAAUACGAAUAGACAAUCCCAUCUUCAACAGGAGCCAGGGUUUGACAAAAAAAAGAAAAAUACAACCUUGGGAAAAUUCAAACAUAGUAUGGAUGCACUGAUGAAAGAACUCGACGAAUAUGAUUUACAUUACAUUCGCUGCAUCAAACCUUCGAACCACAUUGACGAGGGUGAAAUGAUGAAGGAUUUCAAACAACAAUUAGCGUGUAGCGGUAUACUAGAUGCUUUGCUACUUGCUCGAUGUGCGCUUCCAAUUCGGCUGGAAUAUAAAGAGUUUAUAAAAAGAUAUUCCAAGCAAGUAACGGCCGAAGUCAAAGAUCCGAUCUGGAUUUGUAAAAUGAUUUUAAAACUAGUUUUGAAUGGCGAUGAAUUGCAAUCGUUGGUGCACUUUGGCAAUCGUCUGAUUUUCCUCACUGAAGCAGUAUUAUAUAAACUGGAGUUAGUAAGAGAUGAAUUCCGAUCUCAGUGUGCCUCGAAAAUACAAUGCCUUUGGUUCAAGUACAGUGAGUGGAAUUUGAUCUGA